UACCUAUAUUGUUCUUUAUCAAAAUAAAUAUUGUGAACGAGUUGUGCCAUUUUAACUUGUAACGACCAUAAUAAAUACUUGCAUACCUACUUCGUAUUUUGCAACAAAAUUCUAUGUGUAGCAUCAUUACAGCUCUGUGCGAUUAGAUUGUUUUUUUUUUUUUGCACGUAAAACACCAAGUAAAAUCGCGUUAACAGUUUCAUGUGCCACUCAAACACUGGAAAAUCUGCAUUUGCGUUAUCUUCAAAGGAUUAUUGAACUAUUUCAUGCUUAAACAUCCUGUACAAGUACGUACCCAUUAUAUUAAAUAGGUAUUUAUAAUGCAAAACCGUUGUAUAUGUAUCUAAUUCCAUCAAUUUCACAUAGUUAUUACCUAUAUAAUAAUAAAUAGGGUUUAUAGUAAUUUGGUCUUCUAUAUUUUGUAACAAAAGUGUUGUUAUCAAUUCUUGUUUUUAACUCAGUUAUAAUUAAGAUCACAAUAUUUUCAUUACCACUACGACACACGUUAUAUUAAUAUAUUAUUAAUACUUAUUCGUAAGUUAAAAUAUAAAUUCAAGUACUUAUUAAUCUCGUUGUGUGCGUUAUGACAGAAUGGUGCUUAUAGAAAGAUAUUUUUUGAUAGCUACCUAUAUUUGAAUGGGUUUAUAUGUCAUCAGAAAUUAUUUGUGUUAUUAAAUUAACUUUGUUUUGAAAUUUUCUGUUCAAAAUUCAACAUUUAUAAAAUUCUUGCCGUGUUUUGUAACUAUAUAGUUACCUAAAAGUUGAAGUCUGUCUUUUGGGGUAAAAAAAAAAAAAAUUGUCAAAAUAUCAAAAAAGGCCAAAUAGUUUUUUUUUCCUAUUUAUCCAGUUACCCACUAUCGAAUUUGAUGUUUUCUCAUUUUUUGCCAAGAUAGAAACGAGAGUAUUUUCUAUGAUAAAUAUUGACUGCUUACUGAUUUGACUGGGGCUGUCUGUCUCUUAGGAUCAAAACUAAACAUAAAAAUAUCGACAAAAUGUUUCAAAGGUUUUCUCGAGUUUUCUAUUCAUAUAGCGAUCUGAAUUAAAGUCAAACUGUAAGAAUUUUAAUUUUUCAGUUUUUAACCAUUUUUGUCUACAUUUCAAAAUAUUGCAGGGUGAAUAGACCUAAAAAAAAAAAUGGACUUAUAAUAGUUGUUUUCGAUACUUUGCUAUUUUUUUUUUAUCCCAAUAGCCAAACUUCAACCUUAGAAUUUGGGUAGGUACAUAUAUAUUACCUGUUGUUGUUUGUACGUUUUUAUCCUAAAAAUAUUAUUUUCAGCUUUUCACCUUUUUUUAUACCUUAAAUAAGUAGGUAUACACUUUUGAUUUUGAAUAACAACCCCUUUUUUAACAGAUUUGAAUAGAGAUUAUUUUUUCUAAAAAUGUCUAUAUAAAGUUUAUAACACCGUUUAUUUGAUAUGACUAAAAUAUUUGUGAAGGUUAACUAAAUAAUAAACUUUAUAAUCAUUUUUAGAUGAUAACGAUAACUCUUCCCCAUACCUUUGGUCUAGAUUGUAAACUGUUAUUUAUUAAACAACUGGUAUUGUUAUAACUCAUAAAUAGUAAAUCCUAUUUAAAUGUUAUGUAUAUCAACAAUUUUAGAAACCAAUUCUUUAUUCAAAUUUGUGUUUAAAAGGUGAAGCACUAUUUGGGUGUACAGUAUACACUCUUUCAAGGACAGAUUGGUAUACAUUUAAACUGGUUUUAUAUUAAUUAUAUAACUGUUACAGUCAGAGAGUAAAUCACUGAUUAAUAUUUUGUACACCAAAUUCCAGAGUCCAGCCCUAUACUUAUUUAAGAUAUAAGAAGCUAGGGGUAAAAAUUUGAAUUUAGUGUUAACAUAAAGCUUAAAUGAUAGAAAAAAAGAAUUUCAAUUGCUGGAUCAUGAAAAAUUGAUCAUCAUGUAUAUCCUUCCUAAAUUCCAGGAAGCACCAAGAAACUACAACAAUAUUUUUUACUAAGUUAUUACAUUUUGACCAUUAAAUGCUUAGCUUUUAAGUACAAAAUUGAAAGUGUGUUUGUAUUGUUUGGUAUCAUCUUAAUUAUUUGUUUAAUUAUUUUAAGUGAGCUGUUACUUAUUAGAAGAGAGGGUGUUUGAAAUGGAAAAAUUUAUAUUUUAUGUGAUACACAAGUUUUACAUUUUAACAGUUAUAUCUGUUUUUACUGUUACUUGUUUAAUGGAAUACAAAUCUCAAGUAUUAAUUAAUAUAUAUUGUUAGAAGGUGUUAAGAUAACUUGACUAUUUUAUUAGUUAAAAAGUAAACAUAUAACUUAUCAUAUUUUAGAUUAAUUAUAAAUUAAUAUUGUUAUCAUACAUCUCCUUCUAUAUAGGUACAACUACGGUUUUAUAGAUAGAUCCACAGUUGAAAUAUACAUUUAUAUAAUAUUUAUACAAUAUAUAUUUUAAUCAUGGUAGAUAACCACGGAACAAAAAUAAUAUUUUAGUUUAUACACAAUGUCAUGUAUAUGUCAUAUAAUAAUAUAAUAUAUUUACUAGUAUUAUUAUAAAACUAGAUUUAUAAACUAAACAUACAUAAUAGAAGUUAUUAACUCAAAUUUAAAGUAGGCUUAAGAUAAGCAAGUAACAACAAAGAAAUAUAGUGUAUAUUUUUAUUUUUAAAAAAAAGAAAAGAAAUAUUUUCAAGUUAAAAUAAAUCUCAGUGGUUUUCUAACUGCUUUACCCGAUUCUGAUGUAAUUUGUGUGGGUUUAGGUAUUAUACCAGUGGUUUUCAACCUUUUUAACAAUGUAGCACCCCUAUUCUCCUACAAAAUUUUCGCGGCACACCAAUUCAUAUAAUACGUGAAGCAUAUAUUUUUUAAUAUAAUAUAUAUAUAUUUAGGUACACUGUUUACAAUCUACUGUAUUAGAGGGUUAAUUAUUAUGAAAUAAAUUAAUACAAUGAUGAAAAAAUGUGUUGGCAGAAAUAUUUAUUUUUAAAAGAUAAUAAUGUUGUACAUGAAGUAUAAAUUUACCGAUUAAUGAGAUUGUUGUGCUUGUCGUGUGGAGCACAAAUGUUUUAUUCUAGAAUGAGUAAAACAUGAGAACAGUCGACAAGCUUACUCUCAGUUCUUCUAUGGAUCUAAGUCGUUUUCUUUUUUUACUUUUUAUUAUUGUGACUGCUGAGAAUCCUUGUUCGCAUAGAUAUGAUGUGGAGAAUGGUAGUAAAAUUGUUAUUGCUUUUAUAGAUAUUUCAGAAAAUUCUGCUUGAGCAUAUAUCCAAAAUUUGUUAACUGUCAUUUCUUUAAAUUUUAACCUAUUAAUAGAUUUAUCUUAUCUCGGCACACUUCAAGGGCGCUCGGUUGAAAACCACUGUAUUAUACUAAUUUUAAUUUUUUAUUGUUAACUGUGGGUAUUUCUUCUUUUUGGGUUUGUUUUAAAAUUUAAACAUUAUUUUUUAAACAUUUGUUUUAUAUUUAUUAUAAUGAUUAUUUUAAGAGUUUUACCUUUUUCUAAUAGUAUUACAUAAUAUCUAUGUCUUUUGAGUUUACAAUUAUUACACCUCUCAUAAAGUCAUUCUUUUUAUCAUUCGCAUUAAAAUAUUUUACCCAAUUUAGAAAUUUUUAUCAUAAUAAUCAUAAUCUUUAUAGUGAUAUCCUAUUAUAAUAAUUUUUUUAUUUUUAAACAUUUGCUCUUAGGUAAUUAUAUUCAAUUUAAUUAUUAAAUUAUAAAUUAUAGUUAAUAUCUUACUGCAUAAUUUUAAAUUCAUUAACAACUGUGUAGGUGACAAAUAGUUUAGGUACUUGUGUGUUUCUGUAACUUUAAUGAUAAAUAUCAAUGUGAUCACCCUUUUCAAAAUAUUUUUGUAUUAUUUGUAUUCUUUUUUUAGCUAUACAAACUGCUUUGUCAGUGUUCAAAAGUCCAACUUUUAGUAAAGUUUCACAACUCCCUAUUUCUAAAUAACAUAUUAUCUGUUAUCACCUCCAUUGUCAUUCUAAAUUUACUAAAAAUAAUUUUCAUUUAGGUAUUAUUGUUGAAGUAUCCUUAUUUUGGCAAUUUUCAGCCAAUAUAAAUAAUAGGCAACAGUUAUUAAAUUAUUAUAACACUUCAAUUCUGCAAUAUCUAAAUCAAUUUUGAAAAAGGCCUUAGGUAUUUCAUGAUUUAGUAAAUGUAGUUUAUCUCAACAAUGUAAAAAAAAAAAAUCAAAUUAAAGUUAAUUUAAGUUGUUUAAUCUGGAUAAGAUCUCAUUUGAAGCCACCCUAGAGAAAUGCAAAUCCGUCAUUAUAGAUGCUCCUAACAUAUAUUUUGAUGACAAUACUAUAAUCCCCUAUGUUUCCAAUAUUACUUAUUUAGGUUUUCAUUGGGUUCCAUAUAUCACAUCGCUUGCAGCUACUGUUUCUUGAUGAUCAAACUUUCUUAGGAGCGUUAUCACUUAUUGUAAAUCUUAAUCCAAACAGUUACUUAAUAGCUCCCUACUCCCUGUCUUGCCUACUAUCUUUCUAAUCUAACCUUUUUAAUUCCAAUAUUUCUCCCCUUGUUCUUUAUAUUAAACAACUUACCCUCAAUCUUCAUCAGUCAAAUUAUUACAUUCAAUUUCUUUGGAUUCCUAGUCACAUAAGAAUACAUAGAAAUAAGGUAGCCAAAAUCUACAUCCAAUUUAAUCUGUUCCUCUAGUAUCCAAUUUCCUCAUACUGAUUACACCCCAUUUAUACGUCACCACACAAAACACCUCUGGUCAUCCCAUUGGUCAAAUCUUCAUGCAGAAUUCACUGUCAGAUCUAAAUAUAUUGUUCCUAUUAUUCCUCAUAAUACUUUAAAUACUUUUACCUGCCCACACAUUCAAAUAAGACUUCAUCUCCACUCUGCACUUAAUAUUUAACAGAAAGUGCCUGUGACUUUUCCUACAUUCUUUUUGAUUGUCCUUCCCUGCACAUAAAACACACUAUAUUGUUUAAUUUCUUAAAAGCCCUUAAUAUCACCCCAAAAAUUAUAUUAAUAAUAAUAUAUAAUAUUAAUUAUAUUAUUAAUAAUAUAUAUUUUUGUCUUACCAUAUUUUGUACAAUUAUUUAUAGUUUUUUUUUUUUAUAAAACAUUUUAGUUGUAAAUUUCACUUUUUAUUGAUAUGUAUUGCCUGUUUAUGACUGUGCCAUUUUCAUUGGUUUUUAUUUAAUAGAAUACAAGUAUUAAUUAAUAUCUAAUUUUUGAUUUUAUUUCCUAAUUAUUUUAUUAGUUAAAAAGUGAACAUAUAUGUCUUAUUAUAUUUUAGAUAACCAUACAUUAUUUUAGAAAUUGUAAUUAUUUAUUAAAUUUAUGUUUAUAGAUUAUACAAAACCCCUUGAAAUGACAAAUCCAGAUAAAUAUAUAUGUAAAUUACGUAAGUAUAAUUUUUAACUUAAAUAUAACAUACAAAUUAAUUUAAGUUUACUUUUUAGAAGUAAUAAUAAAUACCUAGACAGUUUUGUGUAAGUUACAGGAAUUUGUGUCAGUAGGUACCUAUUAUUAUUUAAAAAAAGUGAAUGUGAUAAUAAAUUAUUUUCAAUAAUUAUAUUCAGUGAUUAAGAAUAACAAUUUAAAUGACAGUGCUUUUACUAUUAUUUUGUUUUAGUUAUAUGCAAUUUAAAGAUUAAAUAUUUUUUAAGUUAGUAGGUAUCAUAAUUUGUCUAAUAUUUAGAAUAACUAAGUACAACUUCCUGUGUAUUUUAUUUUAUUACAAAAUGAUUGCCAAAACAAUCUCUGUAAAACUAUUAGCUCUUUAAAGUAAUUAAAAUCUGUAUUUAUUAAAAUAUGAUUUUCUUUUGUAGAAGAGUUUGUUGCUCAUAAUGAAAAUGUUACUUGUUUGGCAAUUGGAAAAAAAAGUGGGUUAGUUCUAGCAACAGGAGGUUCUGAUAAAAUCGUAAACCUUUGGAAAGUGGAUAGUAAAACAUGUUUUAUGGUAAUAUUUUAUUUUAAAUCUUACGUUUAUCAAAAUGUUAAAAAUAAAAAGUAAAAUCUAUUUUAUGUAUUAUACAUAACAAAAUUAAAUUGUUUUAUAUAGAGUUUAUGUGGCCAUGUAACUCCAAUUGAAUGUGUCCAAUUCGAUUCAUCAGAAUAUUUAGUUGCUGCUGGGAGUGAAACUGGAAGUUUAAAAGUAUGGGAUUUAACAAAAGGGAAAAAAGUUAAGACAUUCAGUGGCCAUAAGUCAGCAGUUACUAAAGUUGAUUUUUUCCCAUUUGCAUCAUCAUCUUAUUUUGUAACUGGGUCUAAGGACACAAAUGUUAAAGUAUGCAAUUUAUUUGUAAAGUAUUAAAAUAUGUUAUGUAUUAAUUCAUGAUGGGUAUUCUACUCAGUUGUGGGACUAUCGUUAUUCACAUUGUAUAGGAAUGUACAAAGGGCAUGAAGCAUCAAUAUCUAGUUUAAAAUACAGCCCUGAUGGAUUAUGGAUUGCGUCAGGCGAUGUUGAAGGUAGUAUUAAAGUAAGUAAUGUAUCAUGCGACUGUAGACAUGCAGAUUACAAUUACUAUGAUUUAUGACAAAACAAAUUGAAUAGUGAUCUUUCAUGGUUUUAUUCAAAAUUUAAAUGUUAAUAACAAUUUUUUUGUUAUAGAUUUGGGAUUUACGAGUUGGACGUAUGAUUCAUGCUUUUAAUAAGCUCCAUAAUGGUGUUGUAACAUCAAUACAAUUUCACCCAUUAGUCUUUUUACUUGCAAGUAGUGGGACAGAUAAUAAAAUUUAUGUUUUAGAUUUGGAACAGUUUUGUAUAAUUUCACAAAUAGAUACAGAAAAAUCAACAAUUAGGUAAUAAUUACCAAAUAUUACUGUUCAUUACAAUAAUAUAGUAAUAGUAUAGUAUAGUAUUAUAGUACAUUUAUUUUUAAAGAAAAAUAAUUUAAACUAAAUUGUUACAAUUUUUUAAAUCAAACUUUUAGAUGCUUACAAUUUAAUGACAGAGGAGAUGUUUUAUUUGGUGGUGGUACAAAUUAUUUUGGUGUAUUUAGCGUAGAGCCUACCAAAAUUUAUGAUUCAGUUACUACAAAAUGGGGAAAUUUGAAUGAAUUUGUUGUUAAGGAUAAUAAAAUCGUAUGUUAAUCAAAUAAUAAUUUUUCUUUUAGAAUUAAGAUUUUUAAAUUAUAUAAAUAUUUAAUAUUAUAUAAUUUUUAUAGUUUUGUGUUUUUAUCUAUUAAUAAGAAGAUUAAAUUUGUUUUUUUAAUUAAUCAAUUAAUAAAUAUUUGUUCAAGAUUAAAUAAAAAUCAAUUUUUAUAGAUUAGUGCAUCACAUUCGUCUACAGAUGUUUCAACAUGGUUAAUCAAUUUACCUGAAGAAUAUCCUUUUAAAAACCAAUUUUCACCCAUAAAUAAGUUUUCAUCACAAACUAAUACAAUGUUUACAAGAGAUAUUGGUGUGCGAAAAAGUUUCAAUAAAGAAAAAUCUAGAGAAAUGAUUAAACCUAAGUAAAUAUUAACAAAUAAACUUAUUUUUAAAUUACAAUUAAAAAAUAUAUAUUUAUAUUUCACAAUGCAACAUUUGUGCUUCAUCCCAAUGAAAUUCAUAAAAAAAAAAAAAAAAAAAAAAAAAAAAUGACAUUCAAUGCAUUUUGUUUUUAGUAUUCUAUUUUUAUUUGUUUGUUGAUAUACUGUUAAAUAAUUAAGAACUAGGAAUCAUUUAAGCUAUAAAUCACUCUAUGACUCAAUUUGAAACUAAAAAUAUGGCCUCAAAAUAUGUUUUUUUAAAUUUUUAAUAUGCAUCUAAUCACAAGCUAUCAUUAGUUUUGUGUUUAUUCAGAAAUUGGCCUAUAAAAAUUGACCCAAUAUUAAAAUUAAAAAAGCUAAAUACAAGAAAUAAGUAUCUAAUAUUAUUUUAUCCAAGAUAUUUAGUUAUUAUACUAUGAAAGUGGGAAUUAUACAAAUAUAUAAUUUAAAAAGGAAAUUACUCAGAUCAGUUAUGAUAAUGUGCAGAGGAUAUAAAAAAUAUUUUUUGGUCAUAAUUCAGAUGCACUGAAAAUUUAGUAAAAUUGAGACAUUUAAAUAUGGAAAAAUAAUAGUACCUUUGUAUUAGUUAAUGUAUUUGUAUUAAAUAGAUUUUAUCAUUAUUAUUUUAUUAUGAAAUACUUAUUCAAUUGUAUUUGUAUUCAAUAUGUUUAGAACAAAUAUGAAUUUAAUUGAUGAAUCUGAAACUGAUAUCGAAGAUGAAAAUCAAACUGUUAUCACAAAUGUUCAAGAUUACCAUUCAGUAUUUAAACCAAAUAGAACAUGUAUGUAUUUUUGAAUAUCUAUGUGUGAAUAAUCAUAUUUCAUAACUGGAAAAUUAAUAACGUUGUUUAAUUGUAAUUUAGCAUUUAAACCAAGUAGAAUAUGUAAGUAUGUUUAUUUGUCUGUGUGUUACUGUUUAUACUUACAUUAAAUUUAGAAAACAUUGUUAAUUAAAUAAGUAUUUAACCUUUUGAGGCAUUGUGGUAUUAUAGUGAAAAAAUUUUCUUUUUUUAAUGUAAUAUGAGUGCUUAAUUUUAAUAUUUUCCAAAAUAAAAUUAAUGUGUGUCUCAAAGGGUUAAAAUAAAUAAUUUUGAACAAAAUAAAAUUACAUUUUAUUAUUUAAAAAUAUAUUGAUAUUCUAUUAUGGUUUAAAUAUAAUAUACAUAUUAAAAUGUGUAUUUUUCAGUAAAUAGAAGUCCGCUAAUAUUUUCACCAUUAUCUGAAGAUGGUAAUUAAAGAUUUUUAAAUUAUUUAAUUUCAAUUCUAUUAUAAUGUUCAAUAUAUAUUUCCAGAUUUGCCCAGUACAGGCAGUACUGAAUUCACUCCUGAGGGUAUGCAAGCAAUAUCAGCUAAUUAAUAUAUUUAUCAUGCACUUCAUAUAUAAUAUUAAAUAUUAUAAAUGUAUGUAUUUUCAGUUAAUACAAAUGAACAUGAAGUUGAAAGUUCCCUAAAAUUGUUAGAAAGAAAACACAGUUAUGGUAAAUUAAUGAUAAAUAUUUGUUUAAAUUAAUUACUGCUUAUAUUAACCAGGUAUUUUUAAAGGAACCACACAAUCCAGUUAUUCUGAAAAUGAAAUAUCAUUACAAGAUUCUCCACCUAGUGAUUUAUUGACAUCCUCCCAGUCUGAAUCUAAUGAAUACCACACACCUUUUUCACCCAACAAUUUCACAAAUGGAAUUACUAAUGAUAUUGUCAAUCCUUUUAUUUCUUCAAUUUCAAUGCGUAGUAUAUCUACUAAUGUAGUUAAAGAAAAUAUAUUAUCUAAACGACCUUCUUCUUUGCCAGUAUUUAGACAAAAUGGUUUGUGUUUUAUAUUAGCUGAAUAAUAUAAUAGACAUGUUUAAUACAUUUUAUGUGUACUUUAGAUCAUUUUAAUUUUGGAAACAAGUAUACUUCACCUCAGUCUCAAAGAAAAAUUAGUUCUGAUGAAAUAUCAUCAUUACCUCAAGAAAAACAAAUAUUGAUUGAUGAAUCCACAAUGUCACCAGAAUAUCAAAAGACUGAUAAUAUGUCCAUGAAGUUUGAGCCUACCCUAGACACCUUUAAAGAUUUAAGUAUGGUUUAUACGAAGGUAAGUUAAUUCGAUUUAAUACUCUUAGGCCUUUGUUACACUGGGGCGACAAAACGUUGACGCAAUAUAAAAAAAUAGUUGCCAAGUAAAAUAUUGUACGACCUGCAUACUAGAGUUUCUCAGUAGUUAUCAUGUUAUCUUCUGAAGAUGAUGAAUAUUGUAUUAUAUCAUAUUGGUAUCAAAACCAUAAAAUUAAAAAUAAUAGAAGAUAUUGGAUACAUACAUAAUAAUGUUAAUUGUCAAAUUUUUUUUGUCGCUAAUGAAUUAAUACAAGAUGAGGAAAAAUAGUUAAAUUAUAUAAUAAUAAUUUACAUUAUUUUUAUUAAUUAUAUUAUAUUUUUUAUAUAUAUUAUUAUUUAUAUUAUAUUAUUUUAUUAAUUUAUUAUAGUAUAAAACAGUAUUAAAUAGUAGUAGUAAAAAUAUAGUCAGAUAUGGUACCUAUAGUUAUUUAAUAUAAUAUAUUAUAUUAUACAAAAAACAUUGUUGACAAGGCAACUUUUACCAGUCGCUUACGAUUAGUUGCUUUCAUGUCACAUCAUAAUCGCAUCCCAUCGCAGUGGGAAGUCUCUGAUAUAUUAAUCUGUGUUUUAUAAAACAAACGAUUAUCACACAAUAUUUAUUUAUGAUCGCAUUACAUCGCCCUAAUGGGACAACGGCCUUAGUAUUUCAGAUCAAUAAUUAAUAUAGCUGUAUUCUAAAAAUUUGUAUCAUUUUAAUCAAUCAUUUUUAAAAUGUUAUAACAUUAAUGUUUUAGAAUCUAAGAAAUAUAAAGUCUGAAGAGGAUAUUUUGCAAUCUCUAUCAAGAAAUCAUAAAAGUAUUAUGCGUGUGAUCAAAGAUAGGCAGCACAAACUUAAUAUUAUUCAAACUCUAUGGACUAAUAAAGAUUUUAAAGUAUGUAUUAUAUUAUAUUUUUCUACUUACAAUUUAACCUAGAUUCAUUAAAAACAUAUUUUCUAUACAUUUUUAGUCUGCUGUAAAUUAUACAGUUUCCAUGAAUGAUUAUGUAGUGUUGAUAGAUCUUAUAUCAAUUUUAACUCAGCGCCCGUAAGUAUUUUGUGUAAUUAUUGCAUUAUUAAUUUUAAAUACUAUGUUUUAUAGAGCGAAUAAUAUAAUUAUAAUUUUUUUACAACUUUUGAUUAUAAUAAGUUAUUAAAAAGAGUCCAGAUUUGUACUGAUUUUUUUUUGUAAAUAUGCAGUUUAUCAUAAGUGAAGAUGUUGAUGAUUUGUUUAGCAGAAUAUGCAUGCUAAAAAGUAUUGUUUUUCAUAUGUUUAAUAAAAAGUUCAUUUAAAUAAUUUAUUUUUACAUACAUAUUUCAAUGUUUUUUAUGCAUGAGUCAUGAUAAUGUAUAUUAUUUUAAUCUUUUUAAGUGUAUACAAAUCUUAUCAUAAGUAAUAACUAAGGUAAUUUUUCAUUAUUUCGAUUACAAAUCACCACACUUUGUUAUCACAGCAGUGGAGAUUUAGUAGAUUGUACCCUUUUAGUGUUAUUAUUUUUCUUUAAAAAUAUGAUACUAUUAUAGAUUUAAAAAAAAAAAUUUGGAUCACAGAUUUGUUUAUUUCCAUUUUUAGUAAUAAAUAAAGUAAAUAAAUAUAGUAAAGUUUAUAUAUAAAAAUAAAAUAAAUAAAUAAAUAUGAUAAGUGUAUUAUAUGAUCAGUUUUGAAUAAAAAAUUCAUCAUCAGGUAUAUCACAGUCAAAAUGUAAAAGGCAACUCAUUAUGAAAAAUUAAAAGAAAGAAUACAUAGAAAAAAAAUUAUACAAAUUGGUGGUUUUACAUAGAUACAGAAACAAUUUAUUUUAAUAGGAGAGAUUAUUUAAAAUUAGUUAUUAGACAGAUAUGUUAAGAAAUAUAAAUUAUUUGGUUAUUAUUUAUUAUCUAAAAUGUAUUGAUAUAUCUUAUAUAUUAUUUUAAAAUCCAUUCGAACAUUUAAAAUAUUAUUAAAAUUACUUUUUUUUAUUUCAUUGUGUAUGUGUAAUUUUUCUAAAACUUUAAUUUUUAACGCCAUUUUUUAAAUAAUAGCACUUCAGUGUGCUGAAAAAAAAAUUUCACAAUUUCAUUAUUUUAUAAAAACAGAAGACAUUUUCUACCAGAAAAAAAGAUUUAAUCGAAAAAUUGCAAAUACCUCUUUUUUGUUGUAAUUUGGUUAUAAAUAUACAUAGAGACUUGAAACUUGGUAACAAUACUUACAUCAGACUUAAAUUUCCAAAAUCAUCAAAUGACUUUUUUUCCUAUUUUUAAUUUUUUUACAAUGAUAUUUUAUUUUUUUACUGUAGACCUCUUUUAUCCUAGAAAAUUUGCUUCAGUGUAUAAGUCUAGCACUUUUUCUGAAAGUUAAUUUUAUUUUCUUGGUAAAUAUAUAGGUCAUUUUUUGAUUUUCAAAACAAUAUUGAAAACAAAAAUGAUAAACCGAAAAAAAAAACCAUUUUUUCAUGAUUUCAUUAUUUUAAAUAAGUACCCACCACGUUUUCUAGCACAAAUAUGGCUCCAAUUGUAAAAUGAUAAGAGAACACAUUUUAUUGAAUUUUUUUUUAAAACAAUAAUAUUUAAAAACAUUAAAAUAAAAAAUUAUGUAUCCUACCUUCUCAACUUCUCACCUAUAUCAGCUCCCAUGCCCAGUUUUAUUUCUUUUUUUUAUAUUCAAUCUUUUUUUACAUUUUUACUGUGAUAUACCUGAUGAUAAAUUAUUAAUUUGAAUCUGGUUGUAUAAUACUUAUUAUAAUACUUUAGGUGCAUGGAUUCAUUUAUUUAUUUAUACAAGAAUUAACCAUUUUAAUAAUUUUGUUUUUAUUUUAUUAUUUUAUUUUUCAUUAACAGUUACCAUCACAAUUAAUCAAAAUAAAAUAUAAAAUGUUAUAGUAAGACUUUGUGGUAAUAAGCCAGUUUUGUUAUUAGAUAAGUGAGUGACAAUUAGUUGUGGCAUCAACCAGUAGUCAAAAUAAUGGAAUAGUUCUAAAUCUAAUUACUAAAAGUUGAUUAUUUUAGUUACAUUUAAUAUUUGCAUAUUUAGGUAUUUUAUAAAAAUAUUUAAUUAAAUUACAUUUUCUUUGAAUUAUCAUAUCAUUUUCAAUAAAUCUACAGUUGUAAUAAAGAAAAUACUAAAUACAAUUUUUAUUAUCAUGUUUAUAAACUUUAUUUUUAAAAAUGAAUUUUAUUUUUAUUACAGAAAACUUUGGUCUCUAGAUGUUUGUAACAUGUUACUACCAACAAUUUUUUUUUUCAUUAAAAGCGGCAAUGAAGAGUAAGUAUUCACACAAUCAUAAAUACCUAAGCUUUUAUUAAAAAAAAUAACAAAUUAUACAGUAAAAUAAUUGCUAUAUUAUUAGUUAUUUGCUACUUUUUAGAAGAUAAAACUGUAUUUUUACAGCCUUAAAAUCAUUUAUAAAUAGGUUCUUAUACCUUGUUUAAUUAACCUUUAAUUACAAUAAACAUUUUGUGUGAAUUAAUAAUAUGAUAAAAACAAAUCUUUUCAUAAAAUUACUGAAGGCAAUAUUCUGAGCUCUAAUUAUACAAGAGAAGAUUAUAAAGUAUUAAAAUUCAAUGAAUCCACCUAAUUUUGAAAUAACUUUUAUUCUAUUCAAUAUUUUAUCAUAAUAACUUCUAGAGCCUUGUGCUAUGAUUCCUUUACUUUUUACAAAAUCUAAUAUAGUAUGAAUCAAAAUUUGGUGUUACAAACAUUUAUUAAUGAAGAAAUGAUUUUACAAUUUUUGAAAUUUACAAAAAUAGACAAAUUAAUGAAUCUCCAUGUUUAAAUAAUAUUAGCAUCAUUAUUUUUACCAAGAUUUUACACAGUUUAGUCAUAUUUUUUGAUAUAUAUUAGACUAAAUGUUGGGAUAAAAAGUAUUUUACCUGACUAGGGGAAAUAAUCCAUUUUACUUUGAACUUCUUAUAGAAAUAGGUUCAGCCAUUUUAGAGAUUAGCUCAGACAGACACUUUUAUUUUAUUUAUGCCCAUAGAUUGUAUGAAAAAAAUACAAAUGACAUUAAUAAAAGUCAUAAUAAAAAGUAAUAAAAAAAGUCAUUUUUGAUUUCCAUUUUUAAAUACCUAAUUUUAAGACUUAUACAUAAUGAACCCAAAUCAAGUGGAAUAAGUUAAAAAAUAUUUUUGUUCCAUUUUUAACUUAUUCUGGCCCACUAUACAUUGUUUUUAAACUAAUAAAAGACUAAGACAAUAAGAAGUAACAGUAAAUAAGUACAUUAAAUAAUAUUGAGUUUUAUAAUAAAUAUUAUUUGAAACACUGGUUUAGAAAAAAAUAAAUAUUUUAUUAAUUUUUAAAUAUAAAUACUAUUAGUAAAAAUAUGCAAAAAUUGAUGCACUUUUUUUCUAAAAUUAAUGUAACAUGUAAGAUAUUAAUUUUAUAUGUUUGAUUUUUAAAUUUUCUAUUGUAUAGAAAGAAUUUCUAUCUUGAUCUGCUAUGAAUCCAGUGCAUACAGAAAAACAUGCAACUCUUGCAAUUUUUGAGCCCUAGUAAUAACAAUAAAAUCAAUUCUAAUAAAAUUAAACAUAAAAAUUUUUUUAGAAAAUGAUCCAUUCAUCAAUAAUAAAUAUUUGUGAAAAUCAAGUUUUUCAUUUUGUUUCACAAAAUUUAAAAACUAUACUCAAUAGACAAAUAAUAGCACAAGUUUGUUGUCAUUAUUACAAUAAAAAAAAUAAAAUAAAACAAAAGUUAUUUCAAGUAUCAGAUCUGUGUGUUAUAUAUACUAUACAAUUUUCCCAUCAAGAAUACCUUAAAUGGUGCUAAAUAAAUUAAUAAAUAAUGUUUAUAAAUUUUGAUUUAUAAAAUUAAUAUUAACAAUUAUCAUUUAUUUAUUGUUGAUUGUAAUGACAUAAAGUGUAUUUUAAUUCUGUUUUUAGAUUCGUAAAUGUGAGUUUUAAAGCCAUUAGAGAUAUCUUGCAGUAUUUUAUGCCAGUCAUUAUGAAUAAUAUACAAAAUCCACCUUCUGGAAUAGGAGUUGACUUAAUGCAAGAAGAGAGGUUAGUAUUUUAUUCAAAACAAGUAAGAUUAUGUUUAUUUAUUAUUUACAUCAGCAGAUGCAAUUCUAAUAAAUAAAAUAUACAAUGCUUCAAUUACUAAAAAUAUAUUAAAAAUUUAAAAUAUAUACAUUAUGCAUACUGUUAAUGCUGUUCAAUUAACUUUUAUUUAUUAUUUAAUCAAUAUUAUUUGAUAUGCUUAAUAAAAACUGAAAAUCUGCAAAUUAAUUAGUGAAUAAAAAUGCUGACGGGUGUACCAUUAUGAUAGGUGGGAAUUUGAGAUGAAUGAAUACAUAAAAUUAUUUAAUUUAUGUCUGUUAUCACUGAUAAACUAUUGCUGAGCUAUAGAAUUUAGCUUAAAAANAUAAAAUACAAUAGUAAAAUAUUACAAUUUCUUUUUGUAGACAACUUUUCUAAGUUCAAUUAUGCUUCGAUUUUCAAUCAUAGCACUUUUUUUAAAGGGAAAUCUGACCGAGGAGGUACUUUAAAGAGGUCAGUUUUCGAUUUUCUCAAGAGUUUCGCCAGUCAAUGUGAAAAACCAGAAUAAAACCCGGCAAAAUCGGCAAAAUCAAACAAAUUUGAAUAAAGAAAAUAUAUAGUCUAUUUAAUUAUUACACUAUGAGAUGACAUAUAAAUUGAAGGCAAAUCAUCACUAUCAACUGAACUCCGAUUACAAUAUGUUUUUCAUAAGCAAUGGUUUAUCGUUGCUUACAGGUAUAUAUUAAAUUAUGUAUUGCAGCAGGUACACCCGUCGACAUUAUCCUAGGACGGUUUUUUUUGUAUUUAAUGAUAUAUUAAAUUGGUAUUCCUAUAGUAGGUCAGAAUACCACCAUUAUUCAUUUAUACGUACGGGCGACAGUAGAUGCGAUGUAUUUUUAAAUAUUGUUCGUGUAGGUUGGAUAUUAAAAUACGGAUAAACGUCAUCAUAUAAUGACGUCAUACGUACGAAUAUAAAUACAAUACGAAAGACAUCCGUACGAUCAAUGAUUCGUAUAUCUAAAUUUCGUAUAUUCGGUUAUACGAGUACCAAAUUAUGUUCGUAUAUGAAUGACGUAAUCGUACGAGGUACAAAAGAUACAUCGAUGUACCAGGAGCGCAGGACUGGGACGUUAUUGCCGCGACUAUUCGUAACGGUCGUCGCCCGAACGAUAUAGCUGCGACGAGUCACAGUUGUCGGCGGCUGAACAAUAUUCCCGCGACGAGUCGUCGGCGGCAGCCUUCGCCGCCGCAGCGCACAGGGACCCUCAUGAUCUCCUGGUCCAUUAUAAAAUUCUCGUUUCGAUGCCGACCCCAGUCGAAAUAGUCCGCCCUAGAAAAAAGUAUCAAAACGUUAAUAAUUCUUAUUCUUAUUUAUUAUUUGAAUUGUAUUACCUUGUUAUAAUAUGAUGCUGUUUAUCGUUGUUUUAAUUUUGAACCUGUAUGAACAACAUUUUAAAAUAUGUAGCCUACAUCGUACCUCUUUAACUUACUCUACUUACUAUAUGAACACUAUAUAAACAUAUUAUACAUAAAAAUAUUGUAUUAUUUACAUUUAAAUUUCUAAGGAUAAUGUGUCUAUUACAUAAUUAUAAAAUAAAUAGCUACGUACAUCAAAUUGUUAAAUAAUAUAUUUAAAUUUCUAAAUAUAAUAUGUCCAACAUAUCCAACACUAUAGCAUUGUCGAAAAUUAUACUUUAUUUGAGUAGUUACCAAAAGCAAACAAUUGCCAAUACUAAAUUUGUUGAAUUUUAAUCUUAUAUUACUACUAUGUGUAUUAGAAUUAUGUUCAAGUUGACAUCUUUAUCAAUAAAUGUAUAAAUGUAAAUUUUUAAAAUUUAAUCUUCAUUAAUUUCAGGUAUAACAAAUGUCGUAAGUGUCAUAAUAUUCUUAUGAAUAUUAGGUCCUUUGUGUUGAAGAGGCAAACAGUUCAAGGAAAUUUGGGAAAUGUAUUUAGACAGUUGCAUAUGCUUCUACAAACAAUAGAUAUAUUUUAGAGAAGUAAUUGUCAAAUUUUUUUUUUGUGACAACACACUUAUGUUAUUAGAUUGUCAAUAUCCAGUUUUGUUAUUAAUAAGUUAAAGUGAAGGAAUUUGUUUAACAAUCUACUUUUCUUCUUUAUCUUUUUUUUUAAUUUUUAAACCUUAGCUAAUUAUACUGUCUGUAUGUAAUAUUUAUUUUCAUCAUUAAUUUAUAAUUAUUUUUCUAAUCCACAGUAACUGAACUAUAAGUAUUAUGUACUAAUUAUAAUAGUAUCAUUCUAGCUUUUUUACCAAUGCUUUGUAUAAUUUUUUGUUAUGUUAUUUGUUUUACUUCUAUUAUAUAAACACAUUUCACAGUGUUUUGGAAGCCAUGCAUGAAUUUUUGUUUAUUGUUAGUUUUUUUUUGUACUAAUCACAUUAGUCACUGAUAAAUUAAAAACAUUUUUGGAUAUGUUAUAUAAUACAAUAUACACUUGUACAUUCUAAGAUGAUAAAAUGUAUACAUUUUUUUCAUUUUCUGAAAUUAAAUAGGCGAUAUAGUUUUUACAUUUAUAUAUGAGUGUGAUUUUUGUGCUAUUUUAAAAAAGGCCUUGCUAUUCACAAUUAAUAAAUUGUUAAUAAUAUGAAUUAAAAAUGAUAAUGCACACUUAAGGGAUUUCAUAAAAUAAAUUAUUAAUAUUAUACAUAUUAUAUUUUUAAUUUUUUACAUUGAAUUGCUGACAAAUUGUACUUAAAUUGACAUCAAUAUUGUACAAGAAUUAACAUUUUAAGUGUUCUAAUAUUAAAUUUUUUUAAAACAGACUCCGUCCAAUUAAUAAUUUUACUACAAUGUGCCUACAAUUUGUUAUUUUAUUUUUAUUAAACUACUAAACAUUAAUUAUUUCAAAGAAAAUGAAUUUCCAAUUCUCAAAGCAUUAUAUUAUAUUCUAUGUUUUUAUUUAAAGGAAACAAUUUUGUACAAUAUUUUUUAUUUGAUUGUAGCUUUAUUUAAGCGAUCUCAUCUCAGAUUUUAAUCAAUAUAUAUAUAUAUAUAUAUACAUAUAUAUAUACAUAUUUAAACUAAUAUAAUGGUUUUAUUUUUUAAAACCAAUUUGUAAAUAUCUGUCUUUGCAUUAUUGUUUGCAUUUCACUUAUUAAUAAUUCUAUUUGGUUGCCAUCCAUUGGUUUUUCUGUACUUAAUUAGUUUUAAUCAGUAUAUUACAAAGUCACAGAAAUUGGGAGGUUAGAGAGCCCUAUUAACAAGUUGACUGCCUUAUGCGUCUUAUCUAACUCUAACUUAUUUUAGUAAAAUUUGAUACAGAAUAUCAUUAAACUUCAUAUGAAAAGCAUAAGAAUCUAUUUUUGUUUAAAUAAUACCCAAAGUGUUUAUGACUAAACUUGUUGUAUUGACUAGAGCAUGGUUGACCCAAUUAGGUGAACAUUAAAACUAACUGAUGCAAGUAUUAAAGAAGUAUUCUAAAAAAUGCAAAGACAGUCCAUCUUGUUUACAACUAUGAGUAUUUAUUUUGUAAUUCAAUCUUGAAAUGUAUAUAUUUCAGCUAAAUUACAAGAAAAAGUUUGAUUUAUUUAUUAAAAUUGUUUUUUUAUUCAGAUUAAUUUCUCAUUGUUGAGUUGAAAAAGACUCUACAAUUUAUUUAUGAUUAAUAUUUUGUACAUGUCCUUCCAGUAAAAAUUCUGGGUCACUGGUCUCAAUAAAACAAUUGGUUUUGAAUAGCUAGGUAAUUGUUCGAUUUCUUUUAAACAAUUCUGGUUUGAAUGAAUAUUUUUAUUUAACAAAAACUUUGUUGAACUAGAAAAUAAAAAAAAAAAACAAUGAGAAUAUAACCGUUUGUUUAAUAGGUAGUUUUGAUCAAUUUUAACCCUUAAUUAUUGACUAACAGUUAUUACAAAGUUUAAAUUUGUUUUAAUAAAUGUAAAUCUAAUUGAACAUUACCUAUGUACUUGUAUUUUUCAUUAAUACUGCUAACUGUUAUUCAGAUCAAUUAACUUAAUAAUAAUGUAUAAAUUAAGUUUAUCGAAUAGUUAUAUGGUUUACAUCAAAAUGCCUAUGUAUUGGUUAUAUUAACUCUAUAUUAAUUUUAACAAACUGCUGCCUGGUUGAUUUUAUUUAAUUUAUAAUUUAAUAAUUAAUUAAUAUUUUAUUGUGUGAAAUGAACUGUACACUAUAUUAUUUAAUAACUUAUUAGGUACCUAGGUACACAAUUAAUUUGUAAACAUUUUUAUACAAUUAUAUACAUUAGUGGGUAUUUAAAAUGUUAAUCAGUAAAAAACUUUUAUGUAUUAUUUAAAAAAAAUCAUGUAAUUUUUUUCUUCUGUGAGUUACAACUGUCUAAUUUUAACUUGUGUAAUUAACUUUGUACAAAUGAGACGAGCUUAUGUUGCUCUUUUGAUUAUUGCUAUUUAUUUAAAAAUACAGUAAACUAACAAAA